AUGGAUGUGCUUAUCAGCUCGACCGCCAUAUUCACACCUCUCAAGAACUCCGUCCUCGUCCGGCCUGCUCCACCCGGCUCUUUGAUCCUAAAACCGAGAUUUCCGGAAAAUUCGGUAGGGUUUCAUCGAGGAGCGGCGGUGAGAGCAACGGCUAUUGAUCUAAGCGAUCCCGAGUGGAAACUAAAGUAUCAAAGAGACUUCGAGGAGAGAUUCAGCAUCCCUCAUAUCACUGAUGCGUUCCCUGAUGCAAAAGCCAUCCCUUCCACGUUUUGUCUCAAGAUGAGGUCUCCGUCGUACAUUAAUAACAAAGACAGAGUACUCCUCAAGGUUAUAAACUACUCAUCACCAGCUUCUGCUGGAGCAGUUUGUAUUGAUCCUGGUUGCACUUGGAUCGAGCAAUGGGUUCAACGUGCUGGGCCACGGGAAAAGAUUUACUUCAGACCUGAGGAAGUUAAGGCAGCUAUUGUUACUUGUGGUGGGCUUUGUCCUGGUCUUAAUGAUGUCAUUAGACAUAUAGUCAUCACUUUAGAGAUAUAUGGUGUGAAGAACGUUGUUGGGAUUCCCUUUGGUUACCGUGGCUUCUCUGAUAAGAACCUACCUGAAAUCCCUCUGUCAAGGAAAGUGGUGCAAAACAUUCAUCUCUCCGGUGGAAGUCUGCUCGGGGUCUCACGUGGAGGACCAACUGUUAUGGAGAUCGUGGACAGCAUGGAGUCGAGAGGAAUUAACAUGCUUUUUGUGCUUGGUGGUAAUGGAACUCAUGCUGGUGCUAAUGCUAUACACAACGAGUGUAUCAAAAGAAGGAUGAAGGUAGCUGUGGUUGGUGUACCGAAGACAAUAGACAAUGAUAUAUUGCAUAUGGAUAAAACUUUUGGGUUUGAUACUGCUGUUGAAGAAGCACAACGAGCUAUAAACUCUGCAUACAUCGAGGCACAUAGUGCAUAUCAUGGCAUAGGCGUUGUGAAGCUGAUGGGUCGUAGCAGUGGAUUCAUCGCCAUGCAAGCAUCCUUAGCGAGUGGACAAGUCGACAUUUGUCUAAUUCCUGAGGUUCCUUUCAACCUCCAUGGACCUGAUGGUGUACUGAAACAUUUGAAGUACCUCAUAGAAAAUAAAGGCUCUGCUGUAAUUUGCGUUGCGGAAGGAGCAGGACAGAGUUUCCUUGAGAAUACAAAUGCAAAAGAUGCAUCUGGAAACAAAGUGCUCGGAGAUAUCGGUGUUCACAUUCAACAAGAGACGAAGAAAUACUUUAAGGAGGUUGGUGUUUCGGCAGAUGUGAAGUAUAUAGAUCCAACAUACAUGAUCCGAGCCGUACGUGCAAAUGCAUCAGAUGGAAUCCUCUGCACGGUCUUAGGACAAAACGCUGUUCAUGGAGCUUUUGCUGGGUAUAGUGGGAUUACUGUGGGGAUAAUCAACAAUCAUUAUGCUUACUUGCCUAUCCCUGAAGUGAUUGCUUAUGCUAAAUCAGUUGAUCCCAAUAGUCGAAUGUGGCAUCGUUGCUUAACUUCCACAGGCCAGCCUGAUUUUUUGUAA